AUGGAAGCACAGCCUCCGGGGCACCGGUUCCGUGCUCUUCGAGCGGCGUUGGUGUCGGCUCGGAGCGUGGGUGUUGCCACUACCCCCGAGUCACGGAGAAGCCUGCCCCGUCCCGCCUCUGCCCGGCUGCCUCUUGCCGCCGGCCCCGUCCCGCCUCUGCCCGGCUCCCCUCGCCGCCGGCCCCGUCCCGCCUCUGCCCGGCUGCCUCUUGCCGCCGGCCCCGUCCCGCCUCUGCCCGGCUGCCCUCGCCGCCGGCCCCGUCCCGCCUCUGCCCGGCUGCCUCCUGCCGCCGGCCCCGUCCCGCCUCUGCCCGGCUGCCUCUUGCCGCCGGCCCCGUCCCGCCUCUGCCCGGCUGCCCUCGCCGCCGGCCCCGUCCCGCCUCUGCCCGGCUGCCCUCGCCGCCGGCCCCGUCCCGCCUCUGCCCGGCUGCCUCUUGCCGCCGGCCCCGUCCCGCCUCUGCCCGGCUGCCCUCGCCGCCGGCCCGUCCCGCGCUGCCCGGCUCUGGCUCCGCCGCCCGCCCGCGGCCCCGCUCAUUUCCGGGUCGGCUCGGCCGCCGCCAGCGCUGCCGCCGGCUCCUCUCGCCCGCUGCCCCGGGCUGGGCGGCCGCAGGUGCCGGCCCCGCUCCCGCCGCGCCGGGCCAGCUUUUCCAGUUGCCCCUGCCCUGGGGGAAAAGGCUUUGAGAAGAUGGAGAACCAGAAGGGAGUGCUCUUGAGAUACAUCCCCUGGGAAGAAGAAGAGAAAGGGGCUGAGAAGGACAAGAUGGCUCCUGGUGCUUCCCCUUCCAGCCAAGUGAGCAAACUGGAAGAUGUGCAGGUGGAGAUGCUGGAGAAGGCAAGGGAGCUCUUCCAGCUGUGUGACAAGGACAAGAAGGGUUUUAUCACCAAAGUGGACAUGCAGAGGCUUCAGAGUGAACUGCCCCUGAGCCUUGAACAGCUGGAGGCUGUUUUUGACAGCUUGGAACAGAACAACAACGGGUACCUAACCCCUGUGGAGUUCAGCAUGGGACUAGAAAAGUUACUAGGGAUGGAGUUGGGUCGAGGAGCUGGGAGGAUGGAUCCCUGCAGGCACGAGGAGACCUUCGAGUCAGGCUGGGCAGAUGACCUGGAGCCAGCAGAUGAGGAAGAGAAACGCUUCUGUGCCAUGAUGGAGCAGCUGGGAGCAGCCCAGCUGUUUGAUGACCCCCAGGAGGUCCGGGAGCUGUGGGCUCGGCUGCGGAAGGAGCGCCCGGAGCUGCUGGCCAACUUUGAAGAGUUUCUGCUGCGUGUUUCCUCCUACAUACAGGAGGUCAACCAUGAGAAGGAGUCCAUGGAACAGGCCUUGAAGAGGAAGGAGACAGACCACGACCGGGAAGUCAGGUGCCUUUAUGAGGAGAUGGAGCAACAGAUCAAAGCAGAAAGGGAGAGACUGAUCUGCCAGGAAGCACUGAGGCAUGACAGGAGCAACCUGCUCCAGAAGGAACUGCACAGCAAAGAGCAGGAGCUGGAGAAAAUCCUCUACCAUCAGAAGAAGCUGGAACAUGAGCUGCAGUCCCUGAGCUCGGAGCAGCUGGAGGCUCGAGUGCAGAACAAACGGCUCCGGCACUUGAACGAGAACCUGCUGGAGGAGCUGGAGAAGAGCAAAUGGGAGCUGGAGGCCGUGAAGGGACAGCUACAGAAGCUCCAGAAAGAGGCUCAGGUUGAGCAAGAGCAGAAGGACAGGGAUGUGUUCAGAGUCUCCAAGAACAUGCAGAAAGAGAAGCAGAGCCUCCUUCGGCAGCUGGAGCUCCUCAGAGAGCUGAACAGGAAGCUGCGUGACGAGCGAGACGCCGCUGAAGCCAAGAAGCUGGUGCCUCAGAGCACAAAGCCCCUGCUGAAGAAGGGGUCAGUGCCAGGCAGUGCCCUGCUGGAGGACAAGGCAGCCCAACGACAGAUGCCCUCUGCAGACCGUCCCUCCACCUCGUCGGGAGAUGUGGCAGCAGAAGAGCCCAACAGGAAGAGCUGUAGGUACCUCCCAGGCAGCAGGACGUGGCUGGAGGCAGGAGAAGGCAGCACAGACUUCCACGAGAAGAGCAGGGACAAGGCAGCAGAGGCUGAGUGGCUGAAGAUGGCUCCAAAGGGGGAUGCUGACUGUAGAAGUGCAGAUGGAUUAGAUGAUGCUCCACUGCCUCCCAGAGGACAGCCUGUGGGCACCGAAACGAGACUGCAGGCACUGGAGCCAGGCAGCUGCUCCCCAGACCGCAUCUUCAAGGUGGUGUUUGUGGGGAGCUCCGGCGUGGGGAAGAGUUCCUUCAUCCACCGCUUCUGCCACGGCACCUUCUUGGCCCAGCUCAAUGCAACUGUUGGUAUCGAUUACCAGGUGAAGAGUCUGAUGGUGGAUAACACCCAGGUUGCCUUACAGCUGUGGGAUACAGCUGGACAAGAAAGGUUCCGCAGCAUCUCCAGGCAGUACCUGCGGAAGGCGGACGGGGUGCUGGUGAUGUACGACAGCACCGCCCGGGGCUCCUUCAGCGCCGUGCGGGCCUGGAUGAGCAGCCUGCAGGAAGGUAUUGAGGAUGGAGCUGUGGUCUUCCUGCUUGGAAAUAAAAUGGAUGCUGCUCAGAGGGAGACCAGGAGCGUGCCCAAAGUGGAGGGGGAACGACUGGCAAAGGAAUACCAGGCUGAGUUCUACGAGUGCAGUGCCCUGACUGGCUACAACAUCCUGGAGCCCAUGCUGCACAUGGCCAGGUUGCUGACAGCACAAGAAGACAGGCAGAGGAAGAGUGCCCUGCAGCUGGAAGAUGUCAGCAAGAGCAAAGGCUGCUGCACAUAAGGCCCUUGGAGGUGUCAGUAAGAGACACAGGUGCCAGCACUGGUUCAUGACACUGAGGCUCCCUUCAAACAAGCUGAAUCUGGUGGCAUCAGCUCUGCAGAGGCUUGAGGAAGCUGCAGCUCUUCCCCACCUGGGAAUUUCAAGGCAUUCAAUCAGAUCACAAUGUCUGCACCAGUCCAUGUCUCAGCCCUCUCCGGUCUGGCAGCUCUGCUCUCUGGAGGCCUCUGCAUCUUCAGGGGAAUUCAGCUGGUCUGGCUAACAGCACAAACUGGACCUCCUGUCUGCAGAGGCCACUUCCCUUUGGCUGGAUAGAGUCUUGUUGCUUUCCUGGGCUAGCUGAGAGAGCAGAGGACAAGGUGGGAGCUGCAUUAAAUAGAAUUUUAGUGUAAGAGAGUUACAGAAAAUCAUGUUAGGGGUGGCUGUAGGCAGUGCCCCAUCCCUCUCAAAGAACAGCUUCUCCUCUGGGUUCUGUAGCAGCAGAGCUGUGGUCAGUGGCAAAACCUCCUUUGGUUCCUCUAAGAGCUGGCCCAGACCCUACAUUCACUGCAAAAUUGGGCUGGACUUGCCAGCAGAGUCAUUGAUUCUGUAGGUGGCUAUAGCAUGAACUGCCAAAACAGUUCAUCCCCAUGGCCUCUUCCCCUUUGUCACCCCUGGCACUGUUCUUGCCCCACUGUGUACAGAGCACGGAGCAGCUGCCCUGGGACCUGCUCUGCCUUGCUCUGUGCACUGGGGGCCAGACAAAGCCUGUUUGAAGGCUGAGUGCUGCUGUUUCCCCCUGUUCUCUGCUCCCCUCCUGAAGGCUCUCCACCAAUGAGGACCUGAGCAAGCUGCAGUCAGGAGAGGUCCCAUCCUGCUCGCCUGACCACGGUGCUCAGUCUGCCAGCACAAGGCUGUACCCGAGGAGGCUUUUGCUCUGGUGCUGCCCCUGUGCAGUAACCUCCCUGUCCUGCUGAAGGGCCUGAGAGAGCACAACCCCUUCUUGUUGGGAAGGGGCCUGAGGCAAAGCAGGUUGAAGGGAGAUGUGGGCUGAGGUAGAAGCUGGCCCCAGCUGCUGCUCCUGGGCUUCCCUGAGGGGUGAUGCUUUCUGUUCUGUAGCUCAGCUGUUCCUGAAGCCUUGUGGGGCUGGUUUUGGUAGCUGCCUGGUCCCUGUCUGCUUUCAGCCUCUCUCAGGAUGUAACUUGGACACACAAGAGGUGAUGCUGCAGCUCAGAAGCAGCUUCCCUCCCCCCCAGCCUUGCAGCACAGGGAGGGGCUGUAUUUACCCAGGGUGUCUCUCCUCUCCUGGGAUGAGGAGGUUACUCCAAAUGGCAGCUUAUUCCAUGGGAAUAUCCCAUGCAGGAAAACUGCUGUGAGUCACAGCCCAUCAGUGCUACAAAGAGUUCCUCUGGUUCCUCCCAGUGCCCUUUACUCCAGAGAGGAAAGAGGAAAUUUUGCUUGGGAAUGGCAGGAUUCCUGACUACAAGAAUUGGCUCCUGCUCAGCCCUUCCUGCUGGCUGGCCGUGGCUCAUGCUGGGUUUAGCAGAGCCAGGGACUGGGAAGCAGAAGGCUAGGGGAGGGCUAACUGGUGAGCAGGUCCUGCUUAGGAGGCAGUGCCACUGGUGUGGAGCC